GUUCUUCCACGUAAAAACGCUCUAUUAGACUGUUUUCCACUUUCUCUCUCUAACCCCUCGCUUGUGCAAUUAGGGUUUCUCUGCUUCCUCCAUUCUUAGACGGGUUUCACUCACUUUUCCUCUCGUCCUCUCUCUCUCUCUCUGAUCUUUGAGCUUCAAUGCCUGCUUUUCUCUUUCACACACAGUGCGAAAUUGUUCAAUUUCUUGGGCGAUUUCGGCAAAUCGCGGAACUGGUCUAUUUAAUUUGUACUCAAUAGCACUGCUCUAGUUUCAAUCGGGUGGUUCUUCGAUGGCGCCGAGUCGACGAAAAGGCGUCAGUAAAGCAGCCGCUGCCGCCGCUGCUCGCCGGCAGUGGAAGGUCGGCGAUCUUGUGCUUGCUAAAGUCAAGGGUUUCCCUGCUUGGCCGGCCACGGUAAGUGAACCGGAGAAGUGGGGCUACCCUGCUGAUUGGAAGAAAGUACUCGUUUACUUUUUCGGUACCCAACAGAUAGCAUUCUGCAACCCUGCUGAUGUGGAGGCAUUUACCGAGGAGAAGAAACAAACUCUUUUGGUCAAACGUCAUGGUAAGGGUGCUGAUUUUGUUCGUGCAGUGCAGGAGAUUAUUGAUAGUUAUGAAAAGUUGAAGAAUCAGGACCAAUCUGAUGAUUUCAACUCUGAAGGAGUUACUCAUAUGAAUGGUGGGAACUCGGUUGACUCAUCAGCAAUUCUUGGGUCAAAAGAUCAUCAUGAAGCUCCUGAAGCAACUCUUGAUUCGAGGUUUAAUUCUUCAUCUUGUAUUGCUGAUGGAAAUGAUCCAAGCCUUCCAGUUGAGGAUACUUCUGCUACUGCACCUGUAGAUGCUGUGUGUGAGAAAGAAGAACCUACCGAUACUGCUACAGUUACAGAAACACCUUUGCGCACCAUAAAUUCUUCGAGGAAAAGAUCUAAAGAUUUAUCUUUACAAAGUGGUGUUUUGCAGAGAGAACCUAUAGUUAGAAGGUCCAGAACGUCAUCAAGGCUGGAGUCCCGUAAGUUGCGUGGUUCUAUUGUGCAAUGUAAUGAUAAUAGCAAAAUUGCUGGGAACAUAUCAGCUUCUGUUGUUCGCGAAGGGUUGCUAAGAAGAAAUAAACAAAGGAGAAAAUCAGCUGAUGCCUCUGAAUGUGAUGAUGUUGAUUUAUCUACUUUUGUGUCAAGUGGUAGCAUUGAAGAUAAUGGUUCUGAAAUUGUCACAGUUGAGUCUGACACCUUUAGUUUCAAUGAAGGCAGUACUAUUGAUUCUGGUUGUAAAAUUGAACACUCAGGGACACUUGUUGGGUGCUUGGAGGGUGAUGUUGAGUUAACCAAAGGGUUUGAUCUCCAAAUAAAGGCCGUUGUAGUAAAAAAGAAAAGGAAACCAAGCAGAAAACGGGUGAGUAAUGAUGCAUUAGAACCUACCAUUACAGUAGAUAAGGAGGCUGGUGUACAAAGUACUAGUGAAAGCUCACACAGUGUUUGUGAGAAGAUGAAUGGAAGCUGUCCCAAGGAAGAUGGAGACGAGCACUUGCCGCUGGUAAAACGAGCAAGGGUUCGGAUGGGUGAACCAUCUUCCUUGAAAGAGCCUAAUAGCCUUUCAACCUCGGAGGAGAACACCCAGAAAGAUGCUGUUGUCCAAAUAGUAGGAGCAAUUGGAAAAUCUAUGAAUUGUGAUGAUCCCAUUGAGAGGGACUCACUAAUGACAAGUGCAGCAUCUGUUGCAUCACCUUCACAUAAUUGUUCUCAGUUUUGUGGAAGUAAGCCUCAUACAUGGAAAGCUAACAAAGACCAAUCAUUUGGCUGCUCGGUUGAUGGUGAAUCAGCUUUGCCGCCAUCUAAACGCCUACACCGUGCUCUGGAAGCCAUGUCUGCUAAUGCUGCCGAGGAAGUUCAAUCAUGUAAGGAUGCUUCAAUGGACAUGAAUAUCCUUCCUAAUGGAAAUUUUAAUUCUUUGACGAGUACGUCUCCUGAUAUGACUAUAGAAAGCAAAACAGUAAAUGACAUGGUACUGCCGAAUGUGGACUCCAUUGGUUGUAAUGCUCAAGAGGUUGACGAUUCCGGACUAGACACUACCUUUAACCCUAGCUCAGGCAAAAAUACUGAAUUAUCUCUGGAAAUGGACUUAAAUAAUCGAAGAGUUGAGAGUUCUGUUAUUCAAAAUAGUAAAUCUGGCGAAGAAAGUUUUCUGAAUUCUGGGAACCAUGCUGAUGGAAACAAUACUUGUGAUGGAUCUGAUGGUGGUGAGGCUGCUGCGACUCCAGUUCAAACUCAAAGUUCAAGGCUUUUGUUGUCUAGUCCUGACAGAAAGGAAUCUGAUGUCAGAUCUGUUCAAGGAUCAGAAGAGGAGCUGUUGCUUCCUGAGAAAAAAUGUGAUACCAAAAGUAUUGAAUCAAUUGAUUAUAAAUCAGAGAAGUCACAAAAUGAAUAUGAUGUUUGCGAACCUACUGCAAUGAACAUGGAUCCCAAUUCAGGUACUCAUGACGGUAUUGGUGAAAUUUCACCUCAAAGUUGUGUUGGUGUACUACAAUUAAAUACAGAGAGCAUCAGUGAUGAGAAUAACAGAUCGACGGAGCCUCCACCUGAUGACAACAGAGAAGAAAAUGACAUGUCUGAGGUUGUAAUGGAUGCUUUACACGAACAUAAGCCAAAAGACUCGAGCUCUUUGCCAUUUCCAAACAAUGAUUUAGAUGAUGGCUUAGUCAACAAUUUAAGUCCAUCUCUAACAGAUGGGGGUGAUUCUCUUCCCCAGGCAUCUCCACCCAAUGCUCCAUUUGGCCAUGUAUCCAUAUCAGAUCAUAGUAGUUUUCUUCAAAAUAAUAGCAGUUGUGGUCCUGAUGUACAUUUACACCAUAAAAUAACUUUGCAUCCUCCAGUAGUUGACGGAGAAGAAAAAUAUGACUCGAUGGUGACUCAGAGACCAAAAUCUGUUGGAAAGCAUGCUGAGUCAAAUGCUGCUCUGUCAUCCUUUGAGGCAAUGCUUGGAACACUGACACGAACAAAGGAGAGCAUCGGUCGAGCAACACGGGUAGCUAUUGACUGUGCUAAACUUGGUGUCUCUUCCAAGGUUGUUGACAUUCUUGCACGUUGUUUGGAAACUGAGUCAAGCUUACAUCGAAGGGUAGACUUGUUCUUCCUUGUGGAUUCUAUUGCACAGUGUUCCCGAGGCAUGAAAGGUGAUGUUGGUGGCUUGUACCCUUCUGCAUUUCAAGCAAUGCUUCCACGUUUAUUAGUAGCUGCUGCUCCCCCUGGAAAUUCUGCGUAUGAAAACCGAAGGCAGUGUCUUAAGGUUCUGAGGCUUUGGUUGGAAAGAAAGAUUCUUCCUGAAUCAGUAAUUCGUCGCCAUAUGCGAGAACUGGAUUAUCAUGGUCCUGGUUCUACAUCAGGUCCAUUCUCUAGGCGCUCAAUGAGAACAGAGAGGUCUUUGGACGAUCCUCUUAGAGAAAUGGAGGGGAUGCUUGUUGAUGAAUAUGGAAGCAAUUCAAGCUUUCAGCUUCCAGGAUUUUGUAUGCCUAGCAUGCUGAAAGAUGAAGGCGAAGGAAGUGAUUCUGAUGGGGGAAGUUUUGAGGCUGUCACUCCUGAGCAUAGCCCUGAAGCAUGUGGUGACCAUGAGACGACACCUGCCAUGGAAAAGCAUCGGCAUAUUCUGGAAGAUGUUGAUGGGGAACUUGAAAUGGAGGAUGUAGCUCCUUGUGAAUCAGAAUUAAAUUCAUCUUCCUGUGCUACUGGAGUAGUAGUUGCCCCACAGAUUUCGCAAAACCAGUUUGAACAGCAUUUUUCACUGACAUUUGCACCUCCGCUACCUCAGGACGUGCCACCUUCAUCUCCUCCACUUCCAUCAUCACCUCCUCCUCCUCCACCCCCACCCCCACCCCCUCCAUCCAUUGCCCCGCCAUGUGUGGUGCCUGAUCAUUAUGCAAAUGGCAUGGACUCAAAGCUCUACCAUGAUAAUAUCCAGGAUACCAUGGUCCAGUCAGUUACCCAGCAGUCAAGUGCACCAAGAAUUAAUCAACCAAUAUCUGAUUCAGUGCACUAUCAUGCUUCCGACUGUAGAGAUCCUCAGAGGCAAAUAGCUGAUUCUUUUCCUGGCCAUAAUUAUCAUAGCAAGGGCUACCCUUUACGACCACCUCAUCCCCCACCAUCAAAUCAGUUUUCUUAUGUUAGUGGUGAACAACACUUCAAGCCCCGGCGGGAGGCUACCCCACCACAUUCUUACUCCAAUAGAUACCACUUUUCACAGAGUUGGGAUCGUGAGAACUUUUACAAUAAUCAUGAGAGAAUAAAGCAAGCUCCGCAUGAGCUUCAUGACAACUGGAGGUUGCCUCCACAUUCUUUUUCUGGUCCGCAAUAUCCUGGAAAAGGGAAAUCUUAUGGACCUGCUCCUUUUGUUGGUCCCCCAUCUGAACCUAACCAAGGAUGGAGAUUUCCUCCACGGUCAAUGAGCCAUAGGCAUUCCAUGCCUUAUAGACCACCUCGAGAAGGGCCGAUUCCUGUUGCAGGUCCAAACUUUUGGCGGCCUAGAUGAACGUGUACCAAAUUACUAUUGAGUUUCUGGUGUCACAAACGCAUUUUUGAUCUGGCUUCUGCUGCUUGUUAAGAGUAGUUGGUUAUUUUAUUUUUUAUAAUCCGAGCCAUUGUCUUUUUAUGCUACGGGGCACGGAUGUUCAGUAAGAUUAAGAGACUAAAGAGGGCUUGGCGAAGAAGACCGACUCUUUGACAUGUCGGAGUUGUACAUAUGGAUUUCUAUCCUGCUUUUCAGCAAAAGCAAAGCGGGAAGCCGGUCGCUGUAGAGAUGGUGGAGAGCUCUGAUUAACUCUAGACUUCAGUGUAUAAUUUUUCUUUUUCUUUUCAAUUUCCAAUUGGAAAAUUUUAAUAUAAUUUAUUUUGUUAGCCCUUCAUAGGAAUUUAAUCAGCAAAUUUAUGUAUAUGGUGGAAUUUGUUGGAACUUGUAGAGAAUUUGACAAUAUUUAAGUGCAUAAUAGUGUUAUCAUAUGUCAAAAUUUACACAAUUGCUCUUUGCUCUUGAGCUAAUUUCAGAUUGGAUUAAGAAUGGUUUUGACUGA